AGCCCAUCAUGGCGGCAGGAGCGCGGCUGCCCUGGCCCGCGGUUCCGCAGGGCUGCUGCCGUUGAGAGGCGGCGGCGGCGGCGGCGCGGGCGGCGCGGUCGGGCGGGCGGGAAGGAUGGUGUUUCCAUGGUCGGAGCGGCGGGCGCGGACCAGGAGCCGGGCUGAGGUUUGGCCGAAGCGACGCGCGCUCAGGAGCCGCCGGCGCGGGUGCCGCUGAGGCAGCGUCGGGAGGCAGGAGCGACUGACAGACGGACCGACGGGAGGCGACCCCGAGAGCCGGCCCCGGGGCGGCGCCGUGGGCGAGAUGCCGGGGCCCCCGGCGUGGCUGCUGUUGCUGGUCCUGGCCGCCGGCAGUGCCGGGGCCACGCCACUUCCGCGAACAGGUGCAGGGGGGCUGCCUGCGGCAGAGGUCUCCUUGCCCUCUGUGGUCCUGUCCGCGUGCACCUUCAUCGUGCUGGUCGUGCUGGUGGCCAAGUGUGUUUCCUGCUGCAAGGACCCGGAAAUAGACUUUAAGGAAUUUGAAGAUAACUUUGACGACGAGAUAGAUUUCACACCACCAGCAGAAGAUACGCCCUCCGUUCAGUCCCCAGCAGAAGUGUUCACACUCUCAGUCCCCAGUGUCUCACUGCCAGCUCCGUCCCAGUCCCAGCCUUCCACAGAAGGUUUGAAGUCUCAGGUUGCUCGCCACAGUCUGAACUAUAUACAGGAAAUUGGAAAUGGCUGGUUUGGAAAGGUCCUCCUCGGAGAGAUUUACACAGGCACUAGCGUAGCGCGGGUGAUAGUGAAGGAGUUAAAAGCAAGUGCGAGCCCAAAGGAACAAGAUACCUUUUUGAAAAAUGGAGAACCUUACUACAUCCUUCAGCACCCGAACGUCCUGCAGUGUGUGGGGCAGUGCGUGGAGGCCAUCCCCUACCUCCUGGUGUUCGAGUUCUGUGACCUGGGCGACCUGAAGGCCUACCUGCGCAGCGAGCACGAGCACAUGCGGGGCGACGCGCAGACCAUGCUGCUGCAGAGGAUGGCGUGCGAGGUCGCCGCGGGGCUGGCCGCCAUGCACAAGCUGCACUUCCUGCACAGUGACUUGGCCUUGCGGAACUGCUUCCUGACCUCGGACUUGAACGUGAAAGUGGGCGAUUACGGAAUAGGAUGCAGCAGGUACAAGGAGGAUUAUAUUGAAACAGAUGAUAAAAAAGUUUUCCCUCUGCGAUGGACUGCUCCGGAAUUAGUAACCAGCUUUCAAGACAGACUACUGACUGCAGAUCAAACUAAGUAUAGCAACAUUUGGUCCCUGGGUGUGACACUUUGGGAGCUUUUCGACAAUGCUGCUCAGCCCUACUCUAACCUCUCCAACUCCGAGGUGCUGAACCAGGUCAUUCGGGAGAGGGACACGAAGCUCCCCAAGCCCCAGCUGGAGCAGCCGCAUUCCGAUAGGUGGUACGAGGUGCUGCAGUUCUGCUGGCUGUCGCCGGAGAGGAGGCCCACGGCCGAGGACGUGCACAGGCUGCUCACCUACCUGCGCGUGCAGAGCCAGAGGGACUCGGAGGCCGGCUUCGAGCAGCAGUGGGACGCCCUGAAGCCCAACACCAGCGGCAGGGACGCCGCCAGCAGCGCCGCCUUCCCGAUCCUCGACCCCUUCGCCAGGGACCGGCUGGGCCGGGAGAUGGAGGAAGUCCUCACCGUGACGGAGACCAGCCAGGGCCUGAGCUUCGAGUACGUCUGGGAGGCCGCGAAGCACGACCACUUCGACGAGCGCGGCCAGGGCGCCCCGGACGAAGCCCUGUCUUACACGAGCAUCUUCUUCCCGGUGGAGGUGUUCGAGCGCUCUCUCUCGGACCCCGGGCCCGGGAAACAGGACAGCAGUGGCCAGGAGGCCCCCCUGAGAGCCCCCGGCGUGGUUCCCGUUUUCGAUGCCCACAACCUUUCUGUCGGAAGUGACUAUUACAUCCAGCUGGAAGAAAAGAGCGGUAGCAACUUGGAGCUCGAUUACCCGCCGGCACUGCUUACGACGGAAAUGGAGACCCCGGAAAGGGCUGGCGGCGCAGCGCCCCCGUUUCUGACCCUCAGGAGCCUUGAGUUUGAGGAGUCCAGCACAGAUGAGGGUUUCUUCCAGAGCAGUGCAGACCCCAGGGAUCCCGGCGUCCCUGAGGACGUGCGUGCUCCCCAGGGCCCCGAGAGCCCUUUCAACAGUCUGUUUAACGAUCUUGACAAACUGGAGGAUCUGCCCAGCCACCAAAAAAUGUUUGACCUAAUGGAACUAAAUGGAGUUCAAGCCGACUUUAAACCAGCCGCUUUAAGCUCAAGUUUGGACGACCCCAAAGACUCGGCGAUAACAGGCCGCCUUGAGAAAGAAAAGCCCCAUAAGCUUUUUGACUGUGACCCUCUUUGCUUCUCAGAAAACCUUAUGCACCAAGAUCAUUUUGAUCCACUGAAUGUGCAAGAAUUGUCAGAAAACUUUUUAUUUCUUCAAGAGAAGAACUUACUAAAAGACUCAUUGUCUCACAAAGAACAGAUAAAUGAUCUUCACACGGAACUUAAAAACGCUGGUUUUACUGAAGCUGUAUUAGAAACUCCAUGUAGAACUGCUGUAGAUCCUGAGCUUCGGUUUGCUGACAACGAACCCGGCUUUCCUGGGCUGCGAGGAAGCAUGGGCGCGAAGGGCCCAGACUCAGGCGAGGCGCUCGGGGACCGCACUUGGAGCGCCUCACUGCCGUCGUCCCCGGAACUGCAGGUCCCUCCCACCUCCCGCGACUCGGAAGGGACACCUCACAAUGCACCUCCGGCCGUGUUCCUGAAGCAGGGAGAAACCACGCCCAGGCAUUUAGAUGUCAGUAUCCAUGACGACGGUCUCUGCCAAGAAACAAAUUUAGAAUCUAUGACCGUCCCCGAUGAAAUUCCCUCUGCUGAUGCCACGACACCCGGUGUUGGCCACGGGCCCCCUGACCGGGCCCACCAGCGUGAGGAGGCCUCGAGAGGAACCCAGAGCGACGCAGGUCUGGGGGGUGACGUUUUUGCCAGUGAAGGGAGUGUGGGGAGCAGUCUCCCGGAACCGACACGGAGCCUGCAGGGCCAGCCGCUGUCGGAAGACCGUCCCAGCAGCGGCCUGCCGGGGAGCAGCUCGGGCGCUGCGGGCGCUUUGGACCAGCCGGACUGUGAAGACGCUGCACGAGAUGGGGGCUUGGCGUCCGCCCUCUCCUCGGACUCCGCCAGCCAGGACAGCCUCUUAGAAGACAGCUCGUCAACCCCCGCUCCCGCGUCAGAGCCGUCCAUGGAGACCCCGGACUCGCUGGACUCGCUGGACGUCCGAGAGGCCCUGUUGGGUCCUCUGGGCUCCCAGUCCCCCCAGAAGCUCCUGCCCCCCGACAAGCCUGCCGACAGCGGGUAUGAGACAGAGAACCUGGAGUCGCCUGAAUGGACUCUGCACCCUGCCCCCGAGGGCGCCCCGGCCUCGGACGUGGCCACGGCGAGCGACAGCGGGCGUGGCGAGUUGCCGCCCAACCCCGUCAUUGUCAUCUCCGACGCAGCCGAUGGCCCCAGGAGCACCGAGGUGACCUCGCAGACUUCCGCGCCUGGCUCUCAGAGCUCGUACCGAGACUCUGCCUACUUCUCAGAUAACGAGUCUGAGCCCGAUAAGAAAUCAGAGGGGGUCCCGGGAACCACAGUGUCAGCCUCGGCGUUGGUGACAGAUCAGCCCCCGCCUGGGCCAGUCAUCCCAGAGCCAAGUCCUGGCGCCAAAGACAGUUGCCUGGAAACCAAAAAUGGGCAGCCAGACCAAAGCUGUCUGUCCGCUCUGCAGAACCCCAGUCUCCCGGAGUCUGGAGAAGCCCCAGAACCUGCACUGACCCACGUCCCCAGAGAGCUGGCCGCCCCUGCAGACGGGGCCGGCAGCCCCUCGAGCGUGCCGAACUCGGAGCUGAGCAGCGGCGAGGACUUGGAGGCGCCGGAGGAGCGCCCCUGCACGAUCGUGUCCACCGGGACCAACACCAACGAGCUCCUUGCCCUCGCCGGCUCCACCCUGCGCCCCGGCAGCCCGCCCGACCCGACGGUGGACAAGCCCCUGCCCGGCCACCCGGAGGGCCCCAAGCUGAAGGAGCCGGACGUCGAAGGGAAGUACCUGGGGAAGCUCGGCGUGUCCGGCGUGCUCGACCUCUCCGAGGACGGGGUGGACGCGGACGAGGAGGACGAGAACAGCGACGACUCGGACGAGGACCUGCGGGCCUUCAGCCUGCACAGCCUCAGCUCCGAGUCGGGGGACGAGGCCGAGCACCCCGUGCCCGUGGUCGUCAGCAACGAGGACGGGAGGCACCUGCGCAGCCUGCUGAAGCCCCCGGCCGCUCCUGCCGGGGGCCGGCUGCCGGGGGACUGGAAGAGAGACAAGAAGGCCGUGACGUUUUUUGACGACGUCACGGUGUAUCUGUUUGACCAGGAGACCCCCACCAAAGAGCUGGGACACUGCGGAGCAGAGGCACACGGCCCGGAGCGGGGCGGCCCCGCGCCGGCGUCAGGCUCGCCCUGCCUGGGCAGGUGCGUGAACUCGGAGAGUUCCACCGACGAAGAAGGCGGAGGCUUUGAGUGGGAUGACGACUUCUCCCCAGACCCUUUCGUGGCGAGGACGACGAGCAACCUGCUGGGUCCCAAGCCCUCUCUGCAGACGUCCAAGUACUUCUCGCCGCCGCCGCCGCCCCGGGGCGCGGAGCAGAGCUGGCCCCACGCGGUGCCGUACUCCAGGUUCUCCAUCUCUCCCGCCAGCAUCGCCAGCUUCUCUCUGACGCACCUGACCGACUCGGACAUCGAGCCAGGAGGAAGCAGUGAAGACGGAGAAAAAGAUUAGAUGGACGCGGACGCACUCUCGGGCCCCAGGCUGCUCCCCGGGCAGCGGUCCUGCACUGCCAGCCGGGCAGCGCCGAGCGUGGGACACCUGCUGAGACGGGGCAGGGAGAAGGACUUGGACGGUGGAGAGGGUGCCGGGUCUGUGCCCAGGGCCCACGCAGGAAGCCCGUCUUGGGAGACGUGGUCCUGUCCAGCGCAGUUUGCUGCCCUGGUGGCCGUUCUCGCCCGCUCAGGACACUCGGGCUCUGGCCGUCCUUGGGGAGGGCUGGCCCUGCUCGGGCGCGUGGGGAACCGGGGGCUCCCGGCUGUUUCCCGACUCCACGCGGGGUCCUCUACGUCCACCCCGUGCGCCCUGCCUGCGCGGGGGCCCGGAGGACGUGUGGUGGGGCUUGGCAGCAGUGAGCCAUAUUUAUUAUUUUUAAAGAAAUCACUAACUGCUUUCUGUAAUUGCACUGUGGAUAAAUGUUCUAAGAGUCCCUGAUACUGUACAGAAUCUUAAAUUAUUCAAGGAAAAUAAGGCAGGUCAAGCUGGUGCUACCCACUAGUUUGAUUUUUUUUUCUGUUUUAUAGUUUGUUUGCUCUGCAUGGUACUUGUAAAGCUUAAAUUCUUUGAGUGUAUGCAGUCCUUAGAAUUGUUGAAAUUGUACAUAUGGUACUCUUUCGUAAACGACGAAGGAUCCCGAAUGUUGGCGUCUCCUGUCCUCGUAGGAAGUAUUUUUGGUGAGUCCCACAGGACUGCUCUGCUGUCGCCCGACCGAGGCCCGAGUGCCCUGUUCCCGUGAGGGGUUUCCCUGCGGCCGGCGAGGCGCUCAGGGGAGCCAGGGCCCUGCAGCCUCCCUGUGGUUCUCCCACCCCGCUCCCCAGUUUCCUUAAACCCCUGUGGUAAAAAUCGAAGGUGGUACAUCCCAGAGCUCCGUGCCCCUCCCCCGGGGCGGAGGGGUGGGGAGCCCAGAGGCACCUCCCCUCCCAGUGCGCUGUCCCCCGGAGUCUCUAGCGGUGGCUUCAGUGUCCUCCUCGGACCUCCUGCCCCCCAGAGGGCUCGGGGGUGCAGAGUGGUGUGAUCGAUUCUGUUUGUAGAAGCUCCGCCUGAGGGGCUGAGCCUUUAAUCACCCCCACACUGAAUUUUGCCCUCAGAACCUCUCCGAGUCAGACAGGUGGCUGGUUUCUGCGGCCCGGGGGCACCGUCCCUCCUACAGCUGAGAAGGAGGGACACGGGGCAGAGGUGGGGGCCUCUGCUGCUGGCAUGUCUUCCCGGCUGGAACUGGGCAGCCCUGCAGGGCCGCACACCCCGACGCCCCCCGGGUGCACCGCACGGACCCUCCCUUCUGCAUUAAGCACCAGGUUCUGCCCUCGCUCGGAAAGGGGCCGAGCGUGCGCGGUGCAGCCUCACAGUGCUGGUCCCCUCUUCCCGGAGUCCUCGAGCUCUGCGUUGAGCCGCGUGGCAGCGCUGUGCUGAGGGCGGUGGCGUGUGCUCGCGAGGCCAGGGCUGCGGGCCCCGUGCGUGCCCCUCCCCUGGGUGUCCUCUGGUGCUGACAUGCUCUCCCGACUGCGCGGGCCCUGGCCUGACUCUCCCGGCCUCAGGGGCCACGUGGUGUGUCACCGGAGCUGGGCGUCGGACGAGAUGCAAAUGCGAAUGCUGGCUCCAGUUUCCAUGGUGAAGUUGACCUUCAUUACCAAUUCUGGUUCAUUCUACUAACUUUUGAUACUAGCAAUAACUUUUCUGAGCAAGAAAAUUCAGAAUGGAGAACCGGCCCCCUUUCCUCCACUUGCUGUGAGCACGGAGCACCAGGCGGGGGGCAGCACCGGGGGCUGGACCCUGUGCCGGGCACAUUGGGAAGUUAACGGGGCCAUUAGACGGUGGUUUUGCCAAAUUGCCAAACUCUGAAUUUCUUACUAUGGAGACUUCCUGAGCUUUCUGAAUUUUUACAUCUAACUACCAGCUUGGUUUAGAGAGGAAAUGAGGCAGUUAUACUGGUUUUUUUUAAAGUAUAGAUUUAAGAGGUUCAGAUUUAACGACCAAAAUCAAGCAGAUCCAUAGAAUAUAUAGUCUUGUUAAUACAGUCAGCUCAGGAUAAAUUUGGUAUUUGGGGUUGUCCAUUUUUCACUACAAUUCAGGAGAUUUUAACAACAUAAUUCCCAUUUUAAUUUAUUUUAAGUACAUAUCACUCAUAAUUAAUUGCCAAGAAAAGCAUUUUUAUACGUUGCGUUGGGGGUGGGCUGAAGUAGUAGAUAUCCCUGUGGGGUGCAUGGUAGGGAGGAAUUUAUAUUUAUAAUAAACAUGUAAGUGAACAUGUUCUUUCGAAAUCUCAAGCAAUACACAAGAAAUAAAUUAUGUACAUUAAAUUUUCCAGCCCGUUUUUGAAAUGUCAGCAUGUGCUCUGUCGUUUCAGUUCUUUUUCUCAGCCGGUAUAUCGGUGAUGGGUUUUCAAGUGGCACUCCCCUCACAAGUCAUGCAGCGAAAUACGUCCCUGGGUUCUCUGGGCCACACGCUGAGACCCGAAGUCCCUGGCUCCCGGGGACCGCUCCUGGCCUCCCUUGGAGCGUCUCUUCAGGUUUCGAUCAGUCCUGCUUUGGUGGAGUUUACGUAUUUUAAAUCCUGUAAUAAAAAUUAUGUAACCUUCAUUUCCUUCCCAGCUAGAUGCUAAUUUGUGUUACCAAAUGACUCUGGGGCAAGCCAGAAGGGGAGACGCAGCGCUCCCCAAACCCUUCUGAACCCUGGACGAGGGUCUGGGGGAGAAGCCGCCCGUCCUGCCCUGCUGGUGGAGCAGCUCAGCCAGCACAGUAAGGACCGACGCGCUCAGGUCCCUCCCCGCGCUGGCGGCUGUUCCCGUGGAGACCGGCCCACCCGAGAGAAGACUCUGUCUUGCUGCCGGAAAAGGCCUCUGGAAACCUCUUCCCUCCAGUAUUCCUUCCCACGGGGUGCUCGCGGGGCGAGGGCCGGGUGACUCGCUGCGUGUUUGUCCUGAGGCCCAGGUGGGCAGGAACCGGGUUAGGCUCCGGGCCUCGGAGGCGCAGGCCCUACGGCCCUACGGCCCUGCGGGAAGCGGCCUUAAGCGGGAAGGGCGGUGCAGAGUCUCCAAUGACGUCCGAGUUGCGACGGGGCGGGCUCGGGCUCUGACCGUCAGCAAAGCGAGUUCUCUGCAGCGCGGGAGCAAACUCGUGGGGGGGGGGGGGCCCGGGGGGGGGCGACAGUAUUGCCUUCCCAACAGCCUGUUCCGUGAAUGGCUUGAACUCGCCUCGGUUCAGCUGCGCGCAGGCGCAGGCGGGACCCGCGCACCACGGGCCGGUUCCGCGGCGGACAGGACAGGACCCGGGCGGCCACCCCUGCGAGGUCUCCCUGCUGUACGGUGUAAGGGUUAUAUUCACGGCAGUGUAACAGUCAUGGACUUUCAGUUUAACUUGUGUACAUUUUUAAUUGUAAGAUUUUUACUGUAUAUCGAUGCAUAGUGUGAUUCAAUAAAUUGCUUGUAAUUUAAAAACUAUUUAAUAUUCAAAAUAAAUAUAGUUAUAUAUUUA